AUGGCAUCCUUCAAAAGUAGCUCUGCAUCAAAUUCCGGCGAGCUGCAGCUCCGAACCAGACGGGAAAGAAGGUUUGACGAGGUCGAGUCAACGCUUCCUGAUCUUGGCUUGACCAAACCCGCGCCCGAGGCGGUCCGUUUCUUCACCGUUGCAGGCUUCCUUGGUAGGCUGGGCAGACUUAACCCAUGGGGAAGUGUCGUCACCAAUAAGGACAUUGUCUGGCUCCUAGACAAUACUGCGUUCAACAACCACGGGCCAUGGCAAGCCGAGUUUGUCGCCGCAGUCUUCGAACGACAACCUAGGGACAGGACUUUGGAGAUUGUCACAGGCAUCCUGAGGAUUGUAGGCCUCGCCGACGAUGAUGCGGAACGCAAGACGGUUGAGGAACGGAUCAUGCCCUUCCUGUGGGACAUCCGCCCUGCGAGGACCAUCACGGCCACGCAAGAACACUCGGAGCUGAAGCUGGGGCCCACAAGCAUCAACGGCUUGUGUUCCAACGUGCUCAGAAUCCCGAGCAGCAGCAAGGGCUCCCUCGUCAAGACCUGGACGAGGCUUGGCGGCGGCGAGGGCGCCAUCGCGGCCAUGCAGACGUACUACGCGGGACAGGACGGGUGGGGCAUCAUUUCCGAUGUUGACGACACCAUCAAGGUCACCCAGACCAGUGACCCCAUUGGCAUUCUUCGCGAGACUUUCAUAUCUGAUCCGAGCCCGAUUCCUGGCAUGCCCGAGCUUUAUUCCCAGCUGGCCUCCUUCUUUCCCAACGACACAGCCUGGUUCUACCUUUCCGCCUCCCCAUACAACCUGUACCCUUUCCUCAAGAAGUUUCGGACACGGUUUUAUCCGCCGGGUACGCUCAUCCUGCGAGACUCGAGCUGGAAAACAGUAGCGGGUCUGCUGUCGGCAUUGACCCUGGACACACAAGAGUACAAGGUGGAUAGGAUGGCCAAGAUUAAUAUGUGGCUGCCCAAAAGGAAGAUGAUUGUUAUAGGUGAUUCGACACAAUCUGACCCUGAAGCGUACGGCGAAGUUUAUAGAAGUUUGCCUGGGUGGAUCAAACUGAUUCUCAUUCGAAAGGCAACAGAUGUCGCAUCCUACGGCAUAGCGGAGAAGAACGAUCCUGCGAGAUUCGAAAUGGCUUUCCAUGGUAUUCCCAGACAUGCCUGGCACGUUUUCGAGGACCCAGCCGAAUGUUUCCAGAUUGUCAAGCAGAUCUUCGUUGUCUUUUUCCUUUCGCAAAGUUCUAGCGCAGCACGCCAACGACAAGCCAACCAGGCGAGUCCCUUCAAAUUCCAGUUUGAUCUGCGAUGCCACGGCUUGAACUUGACAAGCAAGGCUUUGCCACGGCUGAUGCCAAAUGUAGUCUGCAGCGGUCUUCAACAGAGUCAAAUGAGCCCACCUGAGCGCCUACUAAGGAAGAUUUCGGUCAAGUUCGAACUCGGCUCAUGGCUACCCUGGUACAAUUGGACGACGACGUCCGAUCACUCCCUUCUGGACAUGUUUUCGACGCGGGCCCUUCGGCAAGCUGCCGCACACACUGAGCGUGCCCCUCUGAUCAAGUUCCUCGGGCCGCGGUCCAUUCCCUCCUCCCUCGACCACACUCCCAAGCCUCACCCUGCCUCACCCUCCGGCAAGCUUCCCGAAUCGUUUUCAGCCUACGGCAAGGGCCUCUCUGCUUCGCAUCACACCUCCUUCAGCAACUACCGCGACCACGCACAGCAACACGGCCCGCUUCAGAAGACCUUUGGCAGUGCCGAAGCCGGCGUUGGCGGCUCCUCGGGCGCCCAGCUUGGACCCAUUGACCCCCCCAAGGGUGUGUUCUUCGAUAUUUCCGACCUCCCCACCCGGUACCACCGUCUACCGAUCGACAUGGCGGAGAUUGAGGCUGUCGAGUCUGGCGGUGCCGCCCUCCACGGUUAG